UGUCUAUGUCAAUUUUAUGUGAUCUAUGCUAGUAAACAGGGUGAUUCGAAAAUUGGGAAUUGGAAUGAAUAAUAAGAAUAAUGAAUGCCCUAGGUCUUAGUAUGAUUUUGAAAAUGGGUUGUAUUUGUAGUAAAGAGUCCAUAAAUAUAAACGGAUCCCGAUACAUUGUUAAAGAAAGACUGGGAGAGGGGGGAUUUUCUUGUGUAGAUUUAGUAGAAAAUACUACCACCAAGAAGAAAUAUGCCAUGAAAAGGAUAAUAUGCCACAGUGUGGAAGAUCAAAAAAUUGCCAUGCAAGAAAUAAACUAUUAUAAAAAACUAAGGCAUCCUAGCAUAAUUGAGCUUGUGGAUUCCACAUUUAAAGGUUCUGCAGAUAUAGUUGUUCAAGCAACAUCAGAGGCAUUUUUAGUGCUGCCGUAUUAUAAAAGGGGGACGUUACACGAUUAUUUGGUCUUGAGGUCCUUUAAUAAGAAUUAUAUGGACGUGAAAGAUGUUUUUAGGAUAUUCUUGGAUAUUUGUCAAGCUAUUAAGUUCCUACAUGACUUUACUCCUGACCCAAUUGCACACAGAGACCUAAAAACAGCUAACAUUUGUUUAACUGAGCAGAUGGAUCCAAUUUUGAUGGAUUUAGGAUCAUGUGCUUCUGCGAAGGUUCAAAUUUGUGGGGCCCAAGAUGCGCAAAAACUGCAGGAUCUAGCAGCCGAGAGGUCUUCUAUGACUUAUAGAGCGCCUGAGCUUUUUCAUGUGGAAAGUUAUUGUGUUAUUGAUCAAAGGACAGAUAUUUGGAGUUUGGGCUGUGUUCUGUAUGCAAUACUGUAUUUCAAAUCUCCCUAUGAUAUUGUUUAUGAGAGAGGAGAUUCUGUUAAUUUGGCUGUGAUAUCAGGGACUGUAGUUUUUCCUCAAGAAACUCAUUUUGAUGAGGAACUCCACAGUCUGGUUCGCUUUAUGCUGCAAGUAAAUCCGUCUGAUAGACCUUUUAUUGAUAAGGUCAUUGAAAAAACUAAGGACACGAAAAAUAAACUUGAAAUGGUCGUUUGAAGUUGAAAGACAACUUUCAAUUUGAAAACAAAAAUCAAAAAAGAAGUUGAAUUUUAUUAUACA